AAACAGAAUAAGGGCGAUUUUGAUGUUUCUGGCAGCCACUGAUCUGCUAAGGAUUAAAUAGUAGCUGCGAUUUCAUACUUCACCAAGAGAGGCAGCAAUGUGCCGUGAGGCACCUAGUCUGCCGGAAAUCAGAAGAAGAAGGAGAAGAAGAACCAAAAACAGGACAUGUGCAACUCUGCUGUUUCAUUCGGUGUGUUUGGUUUGUGACAGAGUAACAACGACAGCUAGCUAAAUGUCGCUUGUGCUUCUUUUUUUAUCUACAAGAGCUGCUAUACAUCUUUAGUGGAGUCGCGUAUAUUAAAACUAACUUCUGCCCAGCUGGCAUCCAGCUGUGGCACCUGAUGUUAUCGGAAAACACAUUUUGUCUGAAAAAUGGAGAAGAAAAGUGAAGGUACAGUAGAGACUCAAGAAAUUGGAUGGACCGAGGCAGACCUCCAGAAGCUUCUCGUGGGAAUGAAAGACAGCAUCCCAGAAAAUAAGAAAAUGAACAGUUACAUCAUUGGACUGAAAAGUUUAGACUGGAAUAAAGUGGCUUUCCCUCCCUUUUCUCCUGAGGAAUGCAAACAAAAGUGGACAAAGAUGCAGGAGAAGAUGCGUAAGAUUCGGACCCUGACAGAGCUUAUUGUUGAAGCUGAGGAUGUCAUAGCCAAUCCUGGCUGUAACAGAAAGGGUAAAAAUUGUACUAAAGAUGCAGAAGAUCCACCUCCAAAGCCUCCUCAGUCUGGCUAUGUGCUGUUCACGAAAGAGCAACUGAUGAGCAUGACGGGUACCUCAGCAAAAAACAAACUGGAAGUUUGUGGUCAACGUUGGCAAGAGCUGAGUGACAAAGAGAAGGAAAAAUAUCGUACAAACUGCACAGAGUUGAAGAGACAGUACAGGAUAAAACUGAAUGCAUAUUUAGAGAGGUUUGACAUAGAGAAGCAGCAGCGGAUUCUUAAAGAGAAUGGCAUCAAAACCCCAAAUAAGCGCAAGCGUGAAGAGUGCACUGAAGAUGCAGAAGGUCCACCUCCAAAGCCACCUCACACUGGCUAUAUGCUGUUUAUGAAAGACCAAAUGGCAUGCAUGACGGGUACCUCAACAAUAAACAAACUGAAUGUUUGUGGUCAACGUUGGCAAGAGUUGAUCGACACAGAGAAGGAAAAAUAUCGUACAAACUGCACAGAGUUGAACAGACAGUACAGGAUAAAGCUGAAUGCAUAUUUAGAGAGGUUUGACAUAGAGAAGCAGCAGCGGAUUCUUAGAGAGAAUGGCAUCAAAGCACCUAAAAGCUGCAAGGGUGAAGAGUGCACUGAAGAUGCAGAAGGUCCACCUCCAAAGCCACCUCAAAUUGGCUACAAUAUGUUCUGCAAAGAGCAACUGGCGUGCAUGACAAACACCUCAAAAACAAAAGAAUUUCGUGUUUGUGCUCGACGCUGGCGAAAGUUGAGUAAAACGGAGAAGGAAGAAUACCGUAGAAACUGCACAGAGUUGAACAGACAGUACAGGAUAAAGCUGAAUGAAUAUUUAGCGAGGUUUGACAUAGAGAAGCAGCAGCGGAUCCUUAGAGAGAAUGGCAUCAAAACACCAAAACAGUGCAAGAUGAUGCAGGACAAGCGUAUGGAGCUACAACCUGGCGAGCCCAAAAUGCCAUCUCUAUCUGGCAAUGUGAUUUUCUGCCAAAAUCAGAUGAAACUUCUAAAGAAUGAAAUCCCAAACGCAACGCAGCGCUUUGUCCAGGCCAACAGGAUGUGGCAGGACCUCUCCAAAAAGCAGAAGGAACAUUACAAAAGAAAAGUUGAUGAAAAGAUGGAAACAUACUCAAUAGAGCUGCAGAAGUGGUUUAAAACGCUGACGGCAGAAGAGCAGGAGGACUAUCUGACAAGGAAACCCAAAAAGCGUCAAUACCUUAAAACCAAGAAAAAAGAGGAUUUUGUUAAGAAACCCCAUUUGUGCCAGCCAUCAGACUCUGAAGAUGACGACAUCGAGUUCAGUGAAGAAGAGAGCUGUUGGUACUAUGAAGAGGAUGAGGAAGAGGAGGAGGAAGAUGAAAAGGAUGCCAUGUUUGAGAUGUAGACGGUGAUGAGAUGGACAGCAGAAGUGCCACAUGCAUAUUCAGAGCUGGAUUCUGGAUAUGACAAGAUGGAAAACUGCUACUAUGACUGAUUUUGUGGUCAUGCUGGGAGAAAGGUUUCCAUCACAAUGCAGCACAUCCAUGCUGCAUUGAAAAGGACCAUAAACCCUCAGCGCUCUACGGGGUUCGCUACUGUUUUGCUUUGGAUUUUGUUCUAUGGUUCAUUCUAAUGUUUUAGAACACACACCACUGAUGGACAAUGUCUGCUGAUACAAUGAGAGCCUUUAAGUGCCUGAAAAUCUGAACAGAAGAGAGUGCCUCUUCAACAUUAUGUAGUCCUGAAUGGAUAACAGUAAUUUGGAAUAAAAAUCUUUUUGUAUUACAUCAAAGUUUAAUAGGAGAAACUUCAAAGUUACCAAAACAUUUAUCAGGUCUUUAAGGUGGGUCAUGUGUUACUACCAAUUCUUGUUGCCCUGUUGUAGGACAAAAAAAAAAGUGUUUUAACACAUUUUACAGGCAGCAAGAUGGGAUUCCCAACUGGGGAAGGGAUUAACAGCUCAGGGGCCACUGGUGUGGGACUGUUAACCAAGCUGGACUCUGCAUUAUUAGCCAGUAAUGUGGUCCUGUCUUGUGGAGUAACACUGUGUUACAAUCUGCACUGAAAUUAAACAGCAUGCAGGUGGUACGAUUUUCUGAUUUAGAAGUUAGAAAUUCUGUUAUCAUUAAAAUAAAGGGUUCAAUUUAUUCAUAUGCCCAAAGCUUUUAAUCUCAACCCUGAGUUAAUCCACACUGCAGCCGAGUGUGACCAAUACAGACACUCAUUUUACACGGGACUAUAAAAGGCCACCUUAAAUGCAUUUUUGUUGAAAUGGCACGAUGCCACAAGAGAAGAUGAGAGCAGGUUACUGGAAGAUCAUGGCUGAAUUUCCACAACUCCACCAUUUGUUGUCUCUGCCAAAUGUUGCUUUGAAUGGAUGUGUUGGGAAGAAAACAUCCCACAAGCAAGAUUGACAACUUCAUUAACUCACUCUUUCACAGAUGUGUGACAUUGAUGUAAAUUGUCAACAUGCUGACUUCUGAUUUCUGGUCUCCAACUCUUGAUCUGCCCAGUAGCAUUUCCAUUAGUCUUGGUUGUUGCAUGACAUCCACUCUGAUGUGGAGAUGCAACAAAUACUUCUUCCUGUAUGGGAAAAGGAAAGAAUUUAUUAAAAUCAAACCCACUUCUAAUAUAUUGUUGUUUGCAAAGAUUUUGAUCAUUCUCUCAUGGAUCACUCUCAAAUCACAUUGUUUUUCCACAGUCUAAGACAUUGUUUCAUCAUGGGAGCCUAAGUGCAUUUCUUCUAAUUCAUUUAUUCAAAUUAGCACACAGCAAACCUGUGUUUAUCCUAUAAUGUACAAUAAAUAUACUGUUUGUAGUGCUGGAAUAGUGGAGGAAAAAAUAUGUUAACAGGUGCCUUCAAGCAGAUUAAUGUAUCCCUUACCAUUACAUGAUUUAUCUGAGUCUGUAAAUUAUUACAAAUAAAUAAGACAAAGAAUAUUAGAUUAUUUAUUUAUAUUGUAGUAUACCUACACUGCUGUUCAAAAGUUUGAGGUCACUUGGAGAUGUCCUCAUUUUUGAAAGAAAAGCAGUUUUUUUCAGUGUAGAUAGCAUUAGAUUAAUUAGAAAUACAAUCAAGACGUUGUUAAUGUGGUAAAUGACUAUUUUCCUGAUCAAUUAUUGUUGUUUUUUUAAUGUCUACACCUUUUACAUGUUGUUUAUCAAUCCUAGAAUAAAAUGUGUUUCCAGUGAA